AUGGAGUCGUCGCCGGCCGCGUCCUCGUCACGGCCCAGGGACCCGCUCCUCUUCGGCAGCUUCGACCUCCCCGCCGGCUGGGGGUGCCGCAAGCCCAUGGCCUUCUGCCGUGACCGGGACACGGACACGGACGACGCCCCCGUCGCCGCCGCCGAGCCCAACGCCGCCGCCGCCACCGAGGGUGGCAAGGACAGCGGGCCCCGAUCGCCGGCGAGAGCGGCCGUGGCGGGGGAGGAGGCCCAGCAGGAAGCUCCCCGGAGGCAGUGGAACCUGCGGGAGCGGACGUCGUGGCGGGACUACCGAGCGGAGGACGCGCGGCCGGCCAGGAAGCUCGGGAGCACGGACGCCGGCGGCGGCAGCCGCGGGUUCUCGGUGGCGCUGACGCGUCAGGAGAUCGACGCCGACUUCGUCGUGAUCACCGGCCGCAAGGCGCCGCGCCGGCCCAGGAAGCGCACCAAGAGCGUCCAGCGCAAAAUCGAGACGCUUUGCCCGGGGAGUUCGCUGACGGAGGUGACCCGCGACCGGUAUAAGGUGAACGAGAAAAAUCUGAUGCAGUGCAGAAGUUCCAGUGUUCCAGAUCAGAUAAAGCGGCAGCCAAGCCCACUGGGGAUGGUUCGUUCUUAA